AUGCCUUUGAUCUCUUUGCCGCUCGAGAUACUGCAGCAGAUAGCAGACAUCGUCAAAAGCGAGCACCGGCCCAGCCUCUACACCCUCAGCUUGACCAACAGUGCUUGCCAUAGAGCCGUGGUGCCCCUCAUAUUUCAUCAUAUUCAGAUAAAUGUUUCUCAUCCAGAAAUACUGCAAAAGGAUAUCGCCGGCCUUAACGGAGCACUCUCGCGCACGGAAGCUGCCCGUCAUGUCCAACGCAUCAGUAUCAAAGGGGAUAUACGUGUUCGAGCUCAAAAUACAGACACUGAUGUUCCGAUUGCCGAUAAAACCGAGCCGCCAGACGGUGUUGAGGAGAUAUUGGGAAAUGACACAAAAACCGGUCUGAGACAUUUCGUGGUUUACGAUGAAUCUGUCAUUGUUAAAUCCUCUGACGAGGAUAUGGCAUGGGCUCCCGUAGUAAACCUGCUCCAAGCCGUUCCUUACUUGAGAGAUUUGAUAUACGACUGCAAAAGCCAGUUUCCACCAAGCCUCCUUGAAUUUCUUCAUCAGCAACGACCUAGAUGCCGGCUUCACCAUCUUACUUUUCGAUUUCGUACGUUGUUGUGGGGAAUACCUUAUCCUUACGAAAUGGAGCUUGCUACAUCUCCUUCUCUAUACAAGUUACAUGUUGAUUCCGCCUGGAGGGAUUCAGACGGCGACGAUGACUUCAAUCUAGAGGCCGUAAUGGACCUUGCCUCAGGGCUAGCCCCUAAUUUGAAAGAGGUCUCAAUUGCCCGACUCUGGCCAAUAGGCUGUUGGAGAAAUGAUCUCCGUCGCCGAGAACCAUGGCAAGGUCUCCCAGGGCUCACCGACAAAGUGGGAGGAUCAUUGACUUCGUGGACAUGGGUAGGACGCGACGACAUGGUGGCGCCAAGUCUUAGGACAAACUGGCGCAAGAAUAUAGACUUGACCCAUCUACAACACCUCAACAUCGAGCGCUUCCACGAGUCAAGCCUUGGAGUCUCUGGCGAGGAAAUGCAGUGGAUCGCCCAAAACCGGUCUUUCCCCCAACUAAAGACACUCUCAGUGGCCGUCACUCGUAAUGACCUAUACGAGGACAGACCAAAUUACGUUGAAAAUGCAGUUUCGUUCUUCCAGGCAUUUAGACCUCUUGAGGAACUGUCUGUUUAUGGACCGAAUGAUACACAAAUCAUAGAAGCCAUUUUUUCACAGCAUGGAAACGCGCUUAGAAAGCUUAUUAUACACCCUGACGAAAGAUGGUUUACGGGAAUCCAUGGCCGUAACGCAACCAAUCCUCCUAUGGAGCUUACCAAGGAGCACUUCUCUCAGAUUGCGGUUCUUUGUCCGCUGUUAGAAGAACUCUCUGUACCAGUCAGGCGUAACGGGUCCUGUGCAUCUGAGGUCGAGUUAUACAGAUGCUUUGGGAAGAUGAAGCACUUACGAGACCUCUUUCUCAUUCUCGACUGUUCCGACCGGAGAGUCUACGUGGGAGACAACCAGUCGUCUACACCCUCCAUAAUAGGAGAUGAAGAGAAGAAAAUCUUGAUCAAUUACGCAGUGGAUGAGUCGCUGGCACGCUCGAUAUGGAACACGAUCAGUCAAACCAAAGAAGGCAGGCAGUUGGAACGUCUCAAACUGUGGCCUAAGGGACUUGACUACGGCAGGGUAUGGGGUUUCUUCACUGUCCUCGUGGAGGAGGUGUCUCGGUCGUGGUUGCUUGAACGCAAUCCUCGAGAUGACCACGUAGAUCCCCUUGUAAGGGAACUUGGUAAGCUCUCGAGGGAGUACCGUCAAGUGCACUGGCACUGGAAGAAUGAUUUUAAGUGGAAAGCAGAGGAGCUAUUUCGUUCCAUCUGGCCCUGCAAAGAAGGUAGCAAGGAUUGGCGGGACGACUGGUCGAGCUUCCCUCUUGAAGUCUAG